AUGUCGAUGAUGGUAACUGAAGUAAACAGCACAUCUGGUGGGGGUACUGGGACUUCCCCUACCAAUAACAACAGUAUAUAUCCACAACAGCAGCCUAUUUUCCCAGAAUCCACACAAUUUUAUCUAUCAGAAACGCCUUCGGAAAGAGACGAUCGCAUUCGAGAACUAUUCAACACAUUGGAUAGAGAAAAUCGAGGGCUGCUCGACAGUAAAGCGAUACAAAGAGGAUUCACUGCCAUGACGCAUCUACCUGCUCGCACCAAAUAUGCAAACGAACUAUUGUCUCGCUGUGACACUUCCCACGAUGGGCUUGUCGAUUUCGAAGAAUUCAAAACCUAUGUGAACGACAAGGAAAAAGAGUUGUGGCAGCUAUUCAAGAAGCUGGAUAGAAGCGGCGAGGGGCAGUUGGAUCCUACUGAUUUGCAGAUGGCUCUACGAAGGGCGGGCAUGGAAAUAUGUGAAGAGAAUGUGGUUGAAUUCAUGCAACUCAUGGACGCAGAUGGCAACGGUUUGAUUGAUUUCAAUGAAUUCAAGAACUUCCUGUUGUUACUGCCUCAGACCAACAUGAGCGAAAUGUACCGUUACUACGAGUCAUCCACACAGUUGACUCAAGACGGCGAGGUGGUCAUUCCAACAACAGACGAGACAGCAAGAAACGCAAUGGGCUAUCUACUUGCUGGUGGUAUAGCGGGCGCUGUAUCUCGCACUUGCACAGCACCCUUUGAUCGUCUCAAAGUCUACUUGAUUACACACAGCAGCACGCCUCAAAAUCCACUGACUUUAGCCAGUGCAAUUCGAUCUAUAUACAACCAUGGCGGCUGGAAGAGCUUCUUUGUGGGUAACGGUCUCAAUGUCAUGAAGAUCAUACCAGAGUCAGCCAUCAAGUUCUAUUCCUACGAAUCAUGCAAGCAACUCAUCGCCAAUAUCCUUCAUUGCGAAGACAAAGAAUCGAUACCAACCAGUGCUCGAUUUGCCGCUGGUGGUAUGGCUGGUAUUUGUGCUCAAUUCUCUAUAUAUCCUGUCGAAACCCUCAAGACGAGAAUCAUGACGCAUCAGUCAUGUGGCGGAAGCACAACAACAACAACAACAACAACAACAACCUCGAACAUAAUGCUAUCGAGAAAUACUGGAAGCUUGGCGAAAGCUGCCUAUUCGUCUUUGGCUGCUACUUCAUCGCCAUCCUCAUCAUCAGCGUCUGGAAAUAGAUACGCAACAGCGAAAACUUCCAUCAUUACAAAAACUGCGAAAUCAAUGUAUGCCAAAGGUGGCAUCAAAGCAUUUUGGCCAGGCUUGACGCUCGGCCUGAUUGGUGUGUUUCCGUAUCAAGCCAUGGAUCUCGGCAUUUACGAGACAUUGAAACUAUCCUAUUUACAGUACAGUCAAGGUGAAUACAAUCAGGACGGAUCUCAAAAGCAACCAAAUGUGUUUGUAUUAUGGGCAUGUGGUAUGAUCAGUGGUACUAUUGGUGCCACUAGUGUGUAUCCUCUCAAUGUGAUCCGAACAAGGUUACAGGCACAAGGCACAAAGGGGCAUCCUCGAGUCUAUAAAUCACCUUGGGAUGCAGUUCAGAUUACGUUCUUAGAAGGAGGAGUGAAAGGAUUUUACAAAGGGUUAGGGCCUACAUUACUGAAAGUAGUGCCAGCUGUCAGCCUUAGCUACGUUACAUACGAAUGGAGUAAACGAGAGUUGGGAUUAUUAUAG